AUGGCCCUCUCCCGCACAUCAUCGGCCCUCAACUCAGCCCUCGCCUCGGGCUUGUGGCUGGCCGGCCGCGCCGUCGCAGGCGCCGCUCCCCCGCUCGCUCUCGUCGACAAGCACAGUCUCGAGACCGUGGCUGAGGUGCCAACCGCGUCGGCCGACCAGAUCGCCUCGGCAGUGACUGCCGGCGUGACCGAGGGCAAGCCCGCCAUGGCUUCACUCCCGCUCGCCGCCCGCCGCGACGUGCUCAACGCCGCCUCGGGCGCCCUCGCCGCCGCCCGCGAUGACUUUGCCUCGGCCCUCAUGAUUGAGGCCGGCAAGACGGCUGACGCCGCCCGCGGCGAGAUCGACCGCGCCGUCGCUACCUUUCGACUCUGCGCCGAUGCCGUCGGCUCAUCGCGCUCGCUGGAGGAGGCUGGCCGCCUCGGCGCCCAUCCCUCGGGCGCCGGCUAUGAGUACGUCCGCCGGCCAUUCCCUAUCGGCCUCAUCUCCGCCAUCGCACCCUUUAACUUUCCCGUCAACCUCGCGGUUCACAAGAUCGGGCCUGCCAUUGCAGCCGGCUGCCCAGUGAUCCUCAAGCCGUCGCCGGCGACCCCGGCCACCGCCCUCAUGCUGGGCAAGAUCCUGGCAGAUGCUGGCCUUGCAGACGUUCCGGGCUCCUUCUCCAUCCUCCCAGCUCACGACGACGACGCGCCGCUCUUUACCUCCUCGCCGGGCAUUGACUGCAUCUCGUUCACUGGCUCGCCCAAAGUGGGCUGGGGCAUCAAGGCCUCUGCGCCAGGCGCCGGCCGGACCAAGGUCGUGCUUGAGCUUGGCGGCAACGCUGCAGCCAUCGUCGAUGCCGGCGCUGACGUCGCCGCCGCCACCUCCGCCAUUGCCCGUGCCGGCUUUGGCCAGGCCGGGCAGUCAUGCAUCUCGGUCCAAAACGUGUUCCUGCACUCAUCCAUCGCACCUGCUGCCACCGACGCGCUCACCACUGCCGUCGCCGCCCUUCCGCGCGGCGAUCCGGCCGAGCCGGGCGUCGUCUGUGCCCCGAUGAUCUCACCGGCUGCCGCCGCCGCCCUCGCUGACAAGAUUUCCGACGCUCUCGCCCGCCCGGGCUUUUCGGCGCUCGUCGGUGGCGACCGCCCACAGCAAGGCUCCAACGUUGUUUCGCCGACGCUCAUCGCCGCGCCGCCAUCGACCACCGAUGCCUUUGACGCCCCGCUUUGCGCCGAGGAAGCUUUUGGCCCAGUCGUCAUCCUGCACACCUUUGACGACCUUGACGCCGUCUUUGACACCAUCAACGCCGGGCCGUUUGGACUCCAGACCGGUAUCUUCACCCCCUCGCUCGCCGCCGCCCAUCGCGCCUUUAACAAGCUCGACAUGGGUGGCGUUGUCAUCAACGACGUGCCCACCACCCGCAUGGACGCCAUGCCCUACGGCGGCGUCAAGGACUCGGGCGAGGGCUUUGAGGGCCCGACCUACGCCAUCGAUGAGUUCUCCGUCCCGCGGCUCAUGCUCAUCAACACCGGCUCACUCCUGUAG